GCUCAAGUCCUUGGUGUGCUAAAUUUGGUGCACGAAGCCAUCAGUGGAGGAUACACCACAACAAAACGCGAUAUCUACUACAAAGACGUGGAACUUUUCAAGUCGCAAGCAACAGUUGACAGGAUAGUGGAUGAUGUAGCCGCCACUUUUGAAGCCGAGCGCUCAAUGAUGAACGUACGCGCCACGUCAAAAGGCCUGCUGCUAGGAAAUGGCCUGGAGAUUCAUUUGACUAGUAAGGAUGUAAUUUGCAGCAACGUCUCAGAGGGUAUCCUUAUACCCCCUGGAGAGGCAAUUGAGCGCUUUGAUAUCACAGAAGUGCCAUCUUGGAUUCUUAUUGUGGAAAAAGAGGUAACGAAACUUUCUCAUUGUGGGCAAGUGAUAGGCCUUCAGGGCAAAGGUUAUCCCGACGUUGCCACCCGAGAGCUCUUGAAGACAUUCGGAGACAAUUUACCCGACAGCGUCCCUAUCCUCGCUUUGGUUGACGGUGACCCACAUGGCUUGGAUAUUUUAUCAGUGUACAAAUUUGGCAGUGCAAGCAUGAAACAUGAAGUUGACAAGCUAGCUGCAAAUCGCAUCGAGUCCGUUGGUAUAUGGGGAUCCGAGCUUUCAGAUUUGGGUGUCGGCUUGAGUCAACUUAUACCGAUUACAAAACAAGACGAAGCUAAGGAAAUAAUGGGCUAUCUCCAGGCGCUCGCUAUGCUUCAGCGUCCAGAUUCCCUUAUGCCUUCGAAGUGGAGGUCGGAACUCGCACGAAUGCUUCAUUUACGUCGCAAGGCUGAGAUUGAGGUAUUGACUAGCCAGACGGAAGGGAUAUCUGGACGAUCGGACGUGUCAUUGCUGCUCCAAUAUCUCAGACGAAAGAUAGUAUAUUUCGUAGACUUGUACACCAGCUUAUGA